CGGGUGCAGCCAUAGAUUUGAGCGGCUGGUUUAGAUUGUGGGUUGCUAUGGAGACGCGGCCGGUCAGUCAGGCCUGCUUUCUGGGGAGGCCGUCAUGUUUGCUGCGGGUUCUCUGUCAGCGCGGGACGUAAGUGACUCUGACAGGAAGAAGUAUCUGCAGGUGUUCGAGGCUUGUGAUGAAGGCAAGAAAGGAUGUCUCAGCAGAGAAGACCUCAAGGUGGCUGUUGUGAUGUUAUUCGGGUAUAAACCCUCUAAGAUUGAAGUGGACACAAUGGUGUCGGGCCUGUUGAAGGCUGGAGGAGUGAGACCUGACGAAUUUGUGAAGCUGAUGGCCCUGAAGAGAAGUGCACAGCGGAGCUUUGGAGACCAGAGACAGAUAUUUUCAGUGUUUGAUACGCACUGUCGUGGAUUUUUAAAUUUGGAUGACUUUAAAUGUGCAUUUAAACGCGUGGCUCCACAUUUAUCUGAGCAGACGAUCAUUGAGACCUUCAGGGAAGUGGAUCGAGACGCUGAUGGACUCAUCUGCUACAAAGACUUUGAAUAUGUUAUGAACUACGGUGAGGACGAAGAUUAGACUAAGUCCGUUAACCAGUCACAUGACCUAAUAAUUACCUAGCACCCCCACACACACACAAACACACACACUUUUCUAUGAGGUUGUUAUGAAUUCUAUUGAUUGGUUCCUGGGAAAGCUGGGUGACAACCACUAGGACUGCUAGCUCCCACAGCGGUUGUCACCCAGCUUUUCCAGGCUCCUAACAUAACAAAUCUGCCUGGUUAGGUGGGGAGAAGACAGUGCCUCACCGCAUAACAUUCAGGAACCCUGGGUGAUAACCCCAGUCAUGGCGGCCAUAUUGUAUUUUGUUACGAGGGAAGGUCCCUUUAAGACCUGCUUGUCACACCUGUAUCACGAACAGCAAAGGACACAGAGUCGGGUGUCCCAGAAGAGGCCACUCUGUUCCCGUCCAAUAACAGAAUCAGCAUUGCUGGCAUUGCAAACGUGGAAACCAAGCUGAACCUUGCAGAAAGACGGAAAUUCAAGAAGGUUUAGCGAGCGUUGCUAGGCAACGCGGCAUAUACACACUCUCUCCCGUACAGGCGCUGACCUUGCUACUGUAGUCAAGCAAAAUCUCUGGAGCCCCACUCAGGAAAACUGGAGCAGGUGCAGAAGUGUCGUCUGAGGUUACAAGCGCUGGGGGGGGGUCAUCCGGAUCAAACACAAGUGCAUUUCACAGACAGGGGAUUCUCUUAAAUCUGCCGUGCGUCCUUUUACCGCCUCUUCCAGCUCUUCAGGCAGAAAGAAAAUAAAAGGAGA